UGGAGCUGGUGCCAUUCAAGUUUUAUUGGUAUCAAUGGAUGGAUUUAGAUGGGAUUAUCUGAAUCGAGUUCCUACUCCUAACUUUGAUCGCCUUGCCAGACAUGGAACAAAAAUUGAAUAUAUAGACAAUACUUUUGUUACAGAGACAUUUCCUUGCCAUUAUUCCAUUGCUACUGGUCUUUUUGAAGAAAGUCAUGGUAUCAUAGGGAAUUUUAUGUACGAUCCGGUUUUCAAUACUUCUUUUGACUUUUACACCAGGGAACCAAGGUGGUGGAAUGGAGCAGAACCAAUUUGGGUAACAGCACGUCGGCAAAAUUUAACCAGUGCUUCAUAUGGAUGGCCUGGUGGGGAUGUAGAAAUCAGGGGGUUUAGACCAAAUAUAUGGUUUCCGUAUAGUAAAAUUGUUCAAUUUAGAGAUCGCAUAGAUGCAACAAUUGAUUGGUUAACUGUUAAGAAGAUUGACUUUGUUGCCCUAUAUUUUCAAGAACCGGAUCCUACUGGUCACAAAUAUGGAAUAUAUUCAAAUGAAAUUCUGGAAAAAGUGAAGGAGUUGGAUAAUUCGAUAGGAUAUCUUCUUGAUAAAUUUGAUUCUCAAAACUUAUGGGGUCAAGUGAACCUAAUAGUCACAAGUGACCACGGAAUGACAGAAAUAGACUAUGUAAAUAAAGCUUUGGACAUAAGAAAUUAUGUAAAUAUGACAAAUAUAAGACGCACUGUUGAGAGCGGACCAGUCAUGCAUAUUCAGCCGGUUGACGGGAAAGUAGAUGAAGUUAUUCAAAGUUUAUACAACGUACGUCACAUGACCGCGUACAAAAAAGCAGACAUUCCAGAACGCUGGCAUUUUAAAAACAACAGACGUGUUAUGCCAAUUUUCCUCUUGGCAGAAAGAGGGUGGUUAAUAACAACGAAUAAAACAGAAUUAGCCAUAUAUUACGGCGGAUCUGGUGCUCAUGGGUAUGAUAACAAGUUACUAAGCAUGAAACCAAUAUUUAUUGCAAGAGGACCAAACAUAACAGAAAACCAUGUUGCACCUACCAUCAGAAAUAUAGAUAUUUAUCCUAUGAUAUGUAAACUACUUGGCAUAGAACCGGCUCCAAAUAACGGGAGUGUGCAAGCAACUUCUAAUUUUCUUUUAAAUGACAAACACGUUGACGUGGGUGGUAUUGUAGGUUAAGAUAUUGAACAAUGAACUGGAAUUGAUAAUCAGCAAUAUAUUGAUAUCGGUUUUAUUUCCAAGAUUUAAUUAGGAUGAUGAUUUUAAUAAAGGUA